CAGUGAAGUCGAGUUAUUGGCAUUCGGAUGGUGUGAUCAAACGCCGGCGUAGGAGUAUAAAACUCUCGGAGCUUCUGAGGGAGGCAUCAGUUUACUCAAACUCCGAGUACUCGUAUCCAACCGAACAGUAGAAACUGCUAUCAAAUCAACAUGAAGAUCUUCGUUUGUGUCGCUUUCCUCGCCACCCUGGCAAUGGCAGAGCCACCUCAGUUCCGUCGUCAACGUCAAUUCUUCGCUCGCCAACAAGAAGACACAACCCUGGCUCCAGCAGCCGAUGACGCACCAUACCCUCCAUCAGGCUGGAAGCCGGCUGGCCCAGCGUUCGAUCUCCCUCAACGCCAGGUGGACAACUCGUAUGGCGCACCUGAACCACCAAGUGCAUACGGGCCCCCGACGUCCACGGAAACACCCACCACUACCGCCAUUGCCGAAGAACCAACCACUGCUCCUCCUCCGGCCAUCGACAGUGGAAAUGAACUCGACGAAGAGGGCAGUGGACAAGGUGCAGAACAGCAAGGUGAAUACUACGUCGUACUGCCCGAUGGACGUCUCCAGCGAGUUCAGUACGUCAGCCAAGAGAAUGCCGCCCAAAUGAGUUACCUUGCCAAAAUCCAGGCCCAAAACGUCGGUCCAAUCUACGCUUACAAUCCUCUGAAGAAGGUGGAGCUGGUUUCACCUCUUAGCGUGGAAGCUCCGGUCGCUCUAGUAUCUCCUCCCGUGGGCAGUACGUCCUACACCACGGUUACAACGAACUACCAGCCCGGCGGCGCCGCCAAGCUGGUCUUCGCCGUUUAGAAGAAAAUCGAUAUAAAUAGGCUCUCCUGAUAGCGAUCAGCUAUUGGCCGAGACGUGUAAUUCUCUAGGCGUAGCAUAAUUAUUUAUUAUAAAGUCAACAGGUCAAAUAAACGAACAUUAACCGUAAA